AUGACAUCCAUGGAAUUGCUGAGUAGACCACCACCACGGAGGAAAAUCGGCGUAGCCAGUAUGGAUACUCGUAAUAUACCAGUGUUAGGCGAAGAAGAUUUGGAAGGAGCUGGUGGUCUCGAUCAAAUGCGAGAGAAUCGAGGAGGCCCGUCACAUCUGAUGCAUUCGAAUCAGCAACCAGUUUUUGAGGGGUGUUCUUCGUCCUUCAACGGGGGUAUUGGUAUUGCCUCUAUAAAUGAACCCGCAGAAGAGAAGAUUGUUUUAGAAGAAGAACGUGAACCACCGGUGUUCACCUCGAGAUGUCCCAAUGUUACAACGCUAACCCUACCGAAGGUACGAAGGUUCCCCGAGGAUGAAGAAAAUUCUCCGAAUGAUCUGCUGCGUCGCGUUUUUGAACCGUUGAAAGAUUUGAGGGUUCUUGAUUUGUCAUACUGGAAUCGGAUGGAAGACCUUCGCUGUGUGCACCCUCUUCAUUUGACUACAUUGAUAUUGUUCGAUGUACCGGAUUUGUACCGCACCAUUGACAGUAUCAUUACCCUGACAGAGCUUAGAUUCCUUGACCUUUCGCAAUCAUCACGGGACACGGGUCUCUAUCCGAGGCCAGUGACCGCACUGCACAAGCUGGUCACAAAUUUGAAACAACUAACCUGUCUGGAUAUCUCCUCUACGAAUUUGGCUGCACAGCCGAGUCCAAAAGAUUGGCCAGUGAAGCCUGAUAUGCACCAAGGAAAUGUACGCUCGGACAUUGUUGGGUUGCGAUUCCUUAGUAAACCACUUGACUUUAUUGGAUUGUUCAAUUGUGAAAAUGCUAGUCAUUUCGGUGAGAUUCCGGCAAAACACAUUUCUGGUGAUGCUAACGAAGACCAGGUCAUUAUGGCUUUACAAAUGUACAAGGAUCGUGCUGGCUUGCUACAGUCUGUUUUGAAUGAGAGCUAUCAGCUGUACCGCUUUGGAAAUAGUAAUCCUCUAGUUCGCCAUACGGAAGCACUUCAUUUGGUGUUGAACGCUAUGCAGAAUCAUCUUGAGGAUAGCACUCUACAAAUAGCCGGAUCAGCCAGUCUGUUCUACAUCAUCCGUAAGGUGGCAAUGAAUAGGGACACGAAGAAACGGGUAGUCAGCGCUUUGCUUAGUGGAAUGGAAACACAUAUGGAAGAACAAGUGAUGGUCAGGAACUGCUGUUUGUCGCUUUGUCAGUUUGAGAUACCGCAGGAGAUUCUCUUCGAUUACAGUAGAUUAGCCAUCCUGUUGGUGACUGUCCUACAGCACCAUAAUGCUGAUAAUCUGACGCAACGAAUCGUGGUAUUUUUGCUGAAUUCGAUGGCAUGUCAUGUAGAAGGCGAUCAGAAGGUUCAAGUCGGCAGUUUCGGUGCUAUCGAGGUGAGCUCACGAUUCGGUUCGAGUCGAGAUUAUGGUGAU